ACUUGCUGAAGCGGCUCUUUCUGUGGCAUUGGGGCCAGCCCCAGGGGCAGGGCCAAAGGGGACCAGGCAGGGUGGGCGAGUCAGGCUCAGCAAAGGCGUCCUUCCUCAUCCCCUGCAAGAGCCCUUCUGAAGUAGCGAACAAGCCCCCUCCCGGAAGCAGAGAUCAAGAAAAACCCAACUAAAUCCUGGUCCUGUCACUGAAGAGACAAAAAUGAGCCUAGAUGCCUUGUUUCAACAAAUCCUCCUCACAGAGCAGCAGGCCGAGGAGAAGCGGCGCCUCAUGCACGGAGUUAAACUGGAAAUAAACAGAAACUAUGAGCAAGUUAUGGCAAUUAAAGAAGAGUUGAGGGAAGCAAAAAUACAAUUAGAAACUAAGGUUCAGCAUCUGUCAGAAAAGCUCUUCUACUUAGAGCUUUUGAAGAAACGUGAAGACAGCAUUGGAAAACAGAAAGUGGAUCUUGUGAAUCAAAAGAGUAUUCUUCUGAACAUCCUUACUGAUACAAAGAGAAAAAUGACCGAAGAAGAGAGGAAUUUUAUUACGGAAAUAACAGAGUUCAACAAUGAGUAUGGAUUAACAAGUAACAGAGACAUUUUGAUUAAAAAAAAGGUCAAGACUGAAAUGAAUGAUUUGGAAAACGAAGAAAAUAUUUUGAAAGAUGAAAUGGAGUCAGUGGAACAUAAAAAUGUUCAGUUAAAUGCACUCCAGCUGCAGAAGAAUGAAUUAAAGCAGGAUUUAUUUACUCUUCAAAGCAAACUCAAAGAUGUUGAAGAACAAGUCAGAGAAGCUGAAGGUAUCACAAGAUGUUUAGAAGCAGAAAGAAUCAAAGUUGGUGAAAAACCUCAGACUGAUACUGAGUGUUUAAG